CUCUAGAGCUUCACUUCAAGAAAACAGAGAAAGCUUGUUCUGUUUUUUUUUAUAGAUUUUCACUGUAAUAAAAGCAAGAACGAUGAGGGUCAAGCAUCAAGCAGAUUUUGCCUUUUUGUUUCUCUUUGUUUCAGAAUACUACUUUCUAGGAUUAGUAGUGGCAGCAGAUGAUGGACCAAAGCUAGGGACUGUGAUUGGCAUUGAUCUUGGGACUACUUACUCUUGCGUGGCUGUCUCUCGGGACGGCCACGUAGAGAUUAUAGCCAAUGAUCAAGGUAAUAGAGUAACUCCUUCAUGGGUGGCCUUCACCGAUACCGAGCGUUUGAUUGGAGAGGCUGCAAAGAAUCAGGCUCCUAUGAAUCCUGAACGCACAAUAUUUGGUGUUAAGCGUCUCAUUGGAAGAAAGUUUGAUGAUCCAGAAGUUCAAAGAGAUAUAAAGUUCUUACCUUACAAGGUUGUGAACAAGGAUGGUAAGUCUUAUAUACAGGUGAAGGUGAAAGGAGAGACUAAGGUGUUUAGCCCCGAGGAAAUCAGUGCUAUGAUAUUGGGAAAGAUGAAAGAAACAGCUGAGUCUUACUUGGGGAAGAAGAUUAAAAACGCAGUUGUCACUGUUCCUGCUUACUUCAAUGAUGCUCAAAGGCAAGCGACGAAGGAUGCAGGCAUCAUUGCCGGGCUAAAUGUGCCUCGGAUAAUCAAUGAGCCAACAGCUGCAGCUAUUGCCUAUGGCUUGGACAAGAAAGGAGGAGAUAUGAACAUUUUGGUUUAUGAUCUUGGUGGUGGUACAUUUGAUGUUAGCAUCUUGACUAUUGAUAAUGGUGUUUUUGAGGUUCUUUCUACUAGUGGAGACACCCACUUGGGAGGAGAGGACUUUGAUCAGAGAUUGAUGGACUAUUUCAUCAACUUGGUCAAGAAGAAGUACAACAAAGACAUGAGUAAAGAUAAGAAGGCUCUUGGGAAGCUUCGAAGGGAAUGUGAGAGAGCUAAGAGGGCGUUGAGUAGCCAACAUCAAGUUCGAGUAGAGAUUGAAUCACUCAUUGAUGGCAUUGAUUUCUCAGAGCCAAUAACAAGGGCAAGAUUCGAAGAGUUGAACAUGGACUUAUUUAAGAAGACACUGGGGAUAGUGAAGAAGGCUAUGGAUGAUGCGGGAUUAAAGAAGGCUGAUAUCAAGGAGAUUGUGCUUGUUGGUGGAAGUACCAGAAUUCCCAAAGUGCAAGAAAUGUUGAAAGAAUAUUUUGAUGGGAAGGAACCUAACAAGGGCGUGAAUCCAGAUGAGGCUGUUGCCUAUGGUGCUGCUGUUCAAGGUGGAAUUCUUAGUGGCGAAGGCGGAGAGGAAACCAAAGGCCUUCUUCUACUUGAUGUUACUCCUCUGAGCCUCGGUAUUGAGACAGUUGGGGGCGUAAUGACAAAAUUGAUCCCAAGGAACACUGUUAUACCGACUAAGAAGUCCCAAAUCUUCACCACCUACCAAGACCAGCAAACCACAGUGUCUAUAAAGGUUUAUGAAGGUGAAAGAAGCUUAACAAAGGAUUGCCGUGAGCUUGGAAGAUUUGAUCUAUCUGGCAUUCCUCCAGCUCCAAGGGGAGUGCCCCAGAUUGAGGUCACAUUUGAGGUUGAUGCCAAUGGUAUUCUGCAUGUGAAAGCUGAGGACAAAGCAGCAAAGAAGUCUCAAUCUAUAACCAUCACCAACGAUAAAGGGCGUCUAAGCCAAGAAGAGAUUGAUAGGAUGGUGAAGGAGGCUGAAGAAAUGGCUGAGGAGGAUAAGAAGGUUAGGGAGAAGAUUGAUGCUAGGAACAAAUUGGAGACUUACAUAUACAACAUGAGAAGUACAAUCAAUGAUAAAGACAAGCUUGCUGAUAAGAUCGAUUCGGAUGAUAAAGAGAGGAUCGAAACUGCAUUGAAGGAAGCACUUGAAUGGUUGGACGAUAACCAAAAUGCAGAGAAGGAUGAUUAUGAAGAGAAGUUGAAGGAGGUGGAAGAAGUUUGUGAUCCUGUCAUAAAACAAGUUUAUGAAAAGAGUGGAAGUUCAGCUGAUUCUGAAUACGAGGAACCAAAUGAUGAAUUGUAAAUCCGCUUCAAAGUUUGCUACUAGUUUAUCAAAAUUUCAUCACAAUGCCAAACA